GCGAUAGACAGCCCCGGCGGGAGGGCGGCGGGAGAGGGAAAGAUGGCGGCCUCCUUGUGGCUCAUCCGCUGCAGCAGAGGAGCGGCCAAGCUGUGGCUGGGCAGCGGUGUCUCCCGAGGGGUCCUGCGUUGCCCGCCUCGGGAGAUGCGGGGCAGGUUUCUGCACAGGACUCAGGAGCUUCUGGGUACUCCUGCUGUUAAAAUUCUCAUGCCUGCCCUAUCACCAACAAUGGAAGAAGGAAACAUAGUGAAAUGGCUGAAAAAUGAAGGAGACACAGUGAAUGUUGGGGAUGCGCUAUGUGAAAUUGAAACUGAUAAAGCAGUGGUUACCAUGGAGUCAAGUGAUGAUGGCAUAUUAGCUAAAAUCAUGGCACAGGAAGGAAGUAAAAGUGUGCGUUUGGGUACAAUAAUUGGCUUGCUGGUAGAAGAAGGUCAAGACUGGAAGCAAGUAGAAAUACCAAGUGACAUGGGUGAGGAACCCUCGUUGUCGGGACCACUGGCAGCAACUCCUGUCCCCAUCCCAUCACCUUCUGUAGCAUCACUACAUAAAGCAGAACAGCAUCCUAAAAAACUGCAGUUUCGCUUAAGUCCCGCUGCCCGAAACAUUCUGGAGUCCCAUGGACUUGAUGCAAGCCGUUGCACGCCCUCAGGUCCUCGAGGGAUUUUCACUAAAGAGGAUGCCCUUAUGCUUUUAGAGCAGAAACAGAAAGGAAAACCCUUGGAAGGAAAGCCAGCGGUUUCUUCUCUCCCUUCACAGCAAGUUGGAGUGCCUUUUACACCAUCACUUGCUGGGACACCAGUUUCUGCUGCGCGUCCUCCAGCUCCAUCGGUUUCUGUGCCAGGACGGCCUCCUUCCACGGGCACAUUCACUGAGGUCCCUGCUAGCAACAUUAGAAGAGUUAUUGCUAAGAGAUUAACAGAAUCGAAAACCACUGUCCCGCACGCAUAUGCAACCGCUGAUUGUGACCUUGGUGCGGUUCUGAAGCUAAGGCAAGAGCUGGCAAAAGAUGAUAUUAAAGUGUCAGUAAAUGAUUUCAUUAUUAAAGCAACUGCAGUUACCCUCAAACAAAUGCCAGAUGUGAAUGUGACCUGGGAUGGUGAGGGCCCCCGGCAGCUGCAGUCUAUAGACAUCUCUAUUGCUGUGGCAACAGACCGAGGUCUCAUUACACCGAUCAUAAAAGAUGCUGCAGCUAAGGGAAUUCAGGAAAUUGCUGCAUCUGCAAAGGCUCUAGCAAAGAAAGCAAGAGAUGGAAAAUUGCUUCCAGAAGAAUACCAAGGAGGCUCUUUUAGCAUUUCAAAUCUGGGAAUGUUUGGCAUCAGUAGCUUCAUCGCAGUCAUAAAUCCUCCUCAAGCUGGUAUCUUAGCUGUGGGACGAGCUCGGCCAGAACUUUCACUUAUGGUGGAUGAAGAAGGCAACGAGAAGCUUCAUCAACAUCAACUUAUGACAAUUACACUGUCAAGUGACGGCCGAGUAGUGGACGAUGAACUAGCCUCAAAAUUUUUGGAAAGACUGAAGACUAAUUUGGAAAAUCCCUCCCAUCUUGCCUUGUGUUAAAGUGGUCAAGAUUCUGCCUUUAUCUUGGUAAACUAUGGGAACUGAACUACAGAAGAAGAUAAAGUGAGGAAAAUAAUAGUAUUACAUGAACAAUUAAAUAGUUUAUUUAUUUGAAUUAACUUGAAAUAUUUCUUGGCUACUAUAUGCUAAAAUAUUGUUAAACAAUUUAUAAAACUGUUUAAGAGCAUUUGCACAAUACACUCAAAUUCAUAGUGUGGCUGUUUCAGAUGUGAGUAUUUUGGAUAAGACUUUGUGGAUUUGUCUACAGUUUUUAAAAGGGAACAAAAUCAUCCAUUUUUUCAGAGCUAAACUUUAAUCAGAGGGAAGGCAAAAUGUCUUCUUUGUCUAGCCAGCCUUAGAAGUCAGUAAACUAUUAGCAUCAGUAUUACUGCUGCUUCGAAGAGAAAAAGCUGUUCCAAUUAAAACAAUCAACUAUAAUAAUCCAAGGACUUUGUGAAAAACUUUUUGAGUUGUUUCCUUGCUUAUCAUAGAUGUUUAAUGAUGUUAAAUAGUUAUGAGAAGUAAACCUAGCCCAGUGGCCAGGACUAAAUUACAAAGUUAUGGAAACAGAUAGUAGUAUUUCAAAACAAUUCAGUGACUUAAUAACUUUGAAACAUACAUACACAUCAAACUUAAACAAAGCAUUUAAAUUUGCAAUACUUGUCUCCCCAUAAUUUCCUGAUCAUUAUUACUUUGACCUUUUGACUGCAGCCCUGCCCAUAGUUAACAUUUUAUCAGUCUCCUUGGCAUGUAUUAGGAUCUAGGCAGAUUAUACAAAAUAUAACCCUAAUUCAUACACUUUAAAUAACACAAUUUCAUGGACAGUGGUGUCAGUCUGUGAACUGGAUAAAUACAGAUUUUGUUAGGUGUAAUGGGGCUAGUGGAAAGCAACUUCCCAUGACAGUCCCAUCAACCCAAGGUUCCUCAGCUGAAUGGGUCUAUGCCUCUGUACUAUGACCUAAUGUUUUUACAAGUCCUUGACUGUAUAAUACUUUUAGGAGCUGAAGGUUCUGCUUUGUGGAAGCUAAAGAAGAAGACCACAUCUGUCAGCUUUUUUGUACAUGCCUGAAUCUAGUACUACUCUCAAAUCCUCGCUUGAAUUGCCUUUUCUGUUCUUUAGCAAGGUGAAUCAGAUCAGAGAAGGCUUGAAGAAGUAGAAUGAGAUUUUGAUAUUUCAAAUUACACUUCAUCAUUUUGUUCAUAACAUAAGAUAUAUAAACAUGUAAGUUAGUUAUGCAGAUGACAUUAUCCUAAUGUCGGAAGAUCCACUGAAGGAAUUUCCUGAAGUGAUACACCAGGUUAACCAAUUUGAACUAGUUGUUGGACUCUCAAUUAAUUAACACAAAACAAAAAUAUUAGCUAAAUAACAAAGAAAAAGAAUAAUUUAAAUGGAAAUUGAAACAUGUAUUAAGUGAGUGUCAGGAAGUUUUUAGAUAAUUUUGCCUUUAUUUUUUUUAAAAAAACUUUUGAAUCCACAAUAUUGCCAGACAUUAUCAAAUGAAAAGAGAACUCACUACCUAUGAGGAUGCUUGCCAUAGAUGCAGGCGAAACGUCAGGAGAAAUGCGUCUAGAACAUGGCCCUAUAGCCCGAAAAAACACACAAGAACCUAGAAAAGAGAACUCUUUUUAAAAACAAAUGCUGACAGUAUGGUUCUCAUGGUGCUAAUUGACAUAUAUAACACAAUAUUUUAUUUACCAUCUAAAACAGGUUACACUUGAGUGCUUCAAAUGAGCUAAAUAUUCAUAUAUCUUUGUACACAAACAAUUUCUGACAUGUCAGUUGCUCCUUUGUAGAUAAUGAAACAAAUUAGUAUAAAUGUAGUUUGAUGUGUGAUGAAUAAACAUAUAUGACUCUUCUUAUAUAUACAUUACCAAAGGGAGAUACUGCUGUUUCACUGUCUAGGAUUUUACAGAGUUUUCAGCCUCUUAAAAAGUCAUUCUUAUGAUGUGAUUGUAACAGGAAAGGAACAUAUGAAGCUAUAAUGUUAUACCUGGAAGUAUGACCCAUGCAGUUUAAUGGCACUUAUUUCAGAGUAAAUCUGUGUAGGAUUGCCCCAGUCAAUCCCAGAGUGGUGGGCUCUGCCUGUUGUGGUGCUUCUAAUUCAUAGUGGAAUAGAGAGAAAGCCUUCCAGUUUUCAAAACAAUGUACAGUAGAGUCUCACUUAUCCAACAUAAAUGGUCCGGCAGAACAUUGGAUAAGUGAAAAUGUUGGAUAAUGAGACUAUUAAAUUUCAAAUUACAUUAUGAUUUUACAAAUGAAGCACCAAAACAUCAUAUUUUGUAACAAAUUGACAGAAAAAGCAGUUCAAUACACUGUGAUGUUAAUGUAGUAAUUACUGUAUUUAUUAAUUUAGUACUAAAAUAUCGCAAUGUAUUGAAACAGCUGUGGAUCCAGGCAGUAGGCAAACGGUGUUGGAUAAUACAGAACGUUGGAUAAGUGAAGGUUGGAUAAACAAGACACUACUGUAUAAACAAUAGGAUGAUUGUUAGUAUUUGAGAUGGAAUGAUGUGUUUCUGACUGAGAAAUUUAAUACUUCGCCAUUGCACGUAGAAGAAUAUGUCAUGUGUAAUACAGUAAUUGUAUUUUAAAGAUGGCCAGUCUCUCAUGUUCUGGUGACUUGCAGAAUAUUGUAGGUGUGCCUUUAUAUGUUUUAUGGCUAUCUGUAACAUUAAAGUUGGGGAAUCCUAA